UGAACUCAGCAAGCAUCGCAUCACAAAGAUUGCUCGGCCGCAUACGUCGACACUCGCAGCUCUCGUUACAAACAGACGCUGCGACAGGUGCACUCAUCGGCUAGCGCUACCGUGUGCAAAAUCUCGCUACCGCUGUUUUCCUGCAACGUGUUCAAAACGCUCUCCUAGCACAGCAAAGAUGCAGCGACUCAUUCUAGCCCUAGCGCUGCAAGCCUGCGCUGCCUACGUCGCGCCGCAGAGCCGCGCACCGCGAGGAACCAUUCUGAGGGACAGCCCCUUCGACGGCAUCGGCGAUUUGCUGGAACAGGUCGCCGCGCCGCCGGAGGACAGCUCCUUACCGUCCGGCAGUUUUGGUGCCGUCGUCACCGGCGGCGCGGCGGGCGUGGGCUACGCUUAUGCGGACGAAUUUUUACGAAGGGGCCACAAGGUCGUGAUCUGCGACAUCCGGGACCCGGCCGACGCCGUCAGAGCUCUAAAAGACAAGUACGGCGCCGACGCGCCCAUCUUCGGCGAGGUCUGCGACGUCUCCGACACGGCUUCUGUCAGAAAGCUCGCCGCAUCUUCUAAAGAAAAACUGGGCACGGUCCACUACUGGAUCAACAACGCCGCGUUAAAUGGUGGCAGGAAACCUUUCCUCGAGGUUUCUGAUGAAGCUAUUGAAGCUGUGGUCAAGGUCAACAUGUUCGGGGUCCUGAUCUGCACGAAGGUGGCCAUGGAGCUCAUGCUGGACCAGAGCGGCGUGACGGGCCACGUUUUUAAUACUGUGGGGAGUGGUGUCCGAGGAGGCGGCACGCCCGGUUAUGUGACGUAUGGGGCCGCGAAGCGGGGUCUGCCGCAGAUGACCGAUUCCCUGGUUGCGGAACUCGAGGGCAAGACCCAGGGCUACAACUGGCCGCCGUCGAGCCCGGGCCAGGUCAAGGUGCACACGCUGUCCCCGGGCAUGGUCUUUACCGAUCUAUUACUGAAGGAUAGCACGCCGGAGCUGCGGAAGUUCCCCUUUGGGGUGCUCGCGGCGACGCCGGAGGAGGUCGCCCAGGACUUGGUGCCCAAGAUGCUCGCAACCACGGAGGCAGGCACGUUCGUCGAGUACCUCACGAAGCCGCGCACGCUGCUCAAGUUCUUCAACCGCUUCGUGCGCCAGCAGAAGAGCGAUAUUAUCGAUGAUGAUGGGAAUGUCAUCCAAAAAAGUGGUGAAAAGUACAACGAGGACGGCGUCCGGGCGCUGUACUAGGGGUUGGGUAAGAAGUUCUAAGACA